AUGGGUGUUGAAAUCAAAGAAAGCAGAAUCAGCCCCGGAAUUCUGCUAACCAUCAUAGUAAUCGCAGUCAUCUUCUUCAUCUCCGGAUUGCUCCACCUCCUCGUGAGAUUCUUGCUGCGGAGAAACUCCGGCGAAUCCGAGAGCUUUACCGCGGUUGAAGGCCAGCUCCAGCAGCUCUUCCACCUCCACGACUCCGGCCUCGAUCAAUCCUUCAUCGACACUCUCCCCGUUUUCAAUUACAACGCGAUCAUCGGCGUGAGGGAUCCGUUUGACUGCGCCGUCUGCUUGUCGGAAUUCGAGGCUGAAGACACGCUGAGGCUGCUCCCGAAAUGCAGCCACGCUUUUCACGUGGACUGUAUUGGCACGUGGCUGCUGUCUCACUCGACCUGCCCUAUUUGCAGGGCGAGUUUGGAACAGGAAUUUGGCAUCUGCUGCUCUCCUGUGGUUAGGGUUCUUGAAUCGGAGAAUGUUGGUUUCUGGGGUACAAGAUAG